UGUGUGUGUGUGUGUGUAUCCUCCCCGGCAGCAUGAGAUGAGCUGCCUGCAGUCUUUGCGGCCACAGUUCUCGCCUCCUCCUCUUCUUGCCACUGUGUAUCUGUCCAGUCCGGGAAUGUUGACCACCGUGGUCUGAUCCAACGCCGCCUGAGUGCCCCCCCCUCAUCUCCUGACCGCCCCUCCGCGUCUCUCUCGGAGGGUCGUAGACUGCCUCAACUGAUCUGGCUGUUAGGUUCUGCUCUGUCCAUCUUGUAUCGACACUGAUCCAACCAGGCAAAUUGUACAAAAGAGCUGAGAAACACAAAACAUGGCUGUGGCCGGAUGUCCGGAUUAUUUCCUGCAUCAUCCAAAUUAUCAGCAAGACAAUAUCGACCGGUCCUCCAAUCACAGGCAAGCUGACAUCAUUGGUCCGAGCUUCCAGCAAUCAGCCAAUCGGAGUUCUCCAAACCAUCACGAGGAUGACGUCGAUUUAGAGGCCCUGGUGAAUGAUAUGAACUCUUCGCUGGAGAGCCUGUACUCCAACUGCAGUGGCCAGCAGACAGAGUCCACCCCACUACUGCACAAUGGACAGAUCUCCUCACACCAACACCACCAUCAUCACAUGCAACACAACCAGCCUCGGCAGGGUCAGCACUCACACGCGCUAAGCCAUGUCUCCCCGGAGCUGCCCUCCUCUUCCUCCUCGUCUGCGGACUCCUCCCAAACCGGCCUGCGACGGUCACAACCCAUGCACAUUCUCGCUGUCAGGAGGUUGCAGGAGGAGGAGCAGCAGCUGAGGACAUCAUCCCUCCCGGCCAUACCCAACCCUUUCCCAGAGCUCUGCAGUCUAGCAAACUCCCCUGUGCUAAGUCCUGGCUCUCUACCUCCUGGAGAACCCUCCACUGACAUAUAUAUUGUGAAGAUCUUCAGUGAAGACGGCAUGUGUAAAGUUGUGGAGAUCCCAGCCGACAUGACAGCCAGGGACCUGUGCCAGCUCCUGGUUUAUAAAAGCCAUUGUGUGGACGACAACAGUUGGGCACUUGUUGAGCACCACCCGCUGCUAGGGCUAGAGCGCUGUCUAGAAGACCACGAGCUGGUGGUUCAGGUACAGGCCUCUAUGAACAGCGACAGUAGAUUCCUCUUCAGGAAGAACUAUGCCAAAUAUGAAUUCUUCAGAAACCCCCUGACAUUUUUCCCGGAGCACAUGGUUGCAUGGUGCCAGGAAACCAAUCGUACGAUUCCACCGUCUCAGCUACUUCAGAACUUCCUAGCAACCAGUAGCUGUCCAGAGAUCCAGGGGUAUCUGUAUGUGAAGGAGGUGGGUAGAAAGUCAUGGAAGAAAGUUUACAUGUUCCUGCGGCGCUCAGGACUCUACUGCUCUACAAAAGGAACCUCAAAGGAGCCCAGACAUCUACAGUUUCUAGCAGACCUUGACGACAGCAACAUCUUCACUGUCAUCACAGGCAAAAAACAGCACGGCGCACCGACAGACUAUGAGUUCUGCAUCAAGCCCAAUAAAUGUCGAGGGGAGUUGAAGGAGUUGAGGAUGCUGUGUGCGGAGGAUGAACAGGGCAGGACCUGUUGGAUGACCGCCUUCCGGCUCUUCAAGUAUGGGAUUGUAUUGUACCAGAAUUAUAAGAUUCCCCUACAAAGAAAAACCUUACUUUCACACUUCUCAGGACCUGUGCGGAGUGUAUCAGAGAACUCCCUUGUGGCGAUGGAUUUCUCAGGGAGGAUAGGCAGGGUGAUUGACAACCCUGUAGAAGCUCAGAGCGCUGCCAUGGAGGAGGGACAUGCGUGGAGGAAGAGGAGUCAACGAAUGAACGUAUUAGGCUCCCACAGUCCGCUACACCACUCUUCACUAAGCUCAGUCAUCCACAUAGCUCAGUUGUGGUUCCACGGCAGGAUAACCAGAGAAGAAUCCCAUCGCAUUAUCCACCAGCAGGGACAAGUCGAUGGGUUGUUUCUGCUGAGAGUCAGUCAGAGUAACCCCAAGGCGUUUGUGCUCACAUUGUGCCAUCACCAGAAAAUCAAACAUUUCCAGAUACUACCGUGUGAAGAGGACGGCCAAGUCUUCUUCAGCCUUGAUGACGGCGCCACCAAAUUCACCGACCUGAUUCAGUUGGUGGAGUUCUACCAGCUCAACAGAGGAGUGCUGCCUUGUAAACUCAAACACCCGUGCACCGCCGUGGCCUUAUGACAUCUUCGGAUCGUCUGACCCCAUGACCCCUAUCACUUGACCUGACUCUGCCUAAAACAAACAAAAAGAAAACUGUUGGUUGGUUCUAUUUGUUUUCAUUUUUACAAGAAGCUGGUGAAUUUACUGAUGUUUCGUUGUCAUUUUAUAUUGCCGUGAGUCCGCCGGAGACUGCUGACUUGUUGGAAUCCUUUUGCAUGGAUGUUGGAGGAGUCGGAUGCACAACUUGCUCACGAGGUUCCUUCGUCGAGAAGAGAGAAGAUAGAGGAAAUGAACACUGCCGUUUGUGUCAAAUGCUGUUGCAAAAUCUUCCACAAUCUUGCUAACCAUAGUCAUCAAUAAGCUUGGACACAGUGACCCUCAAGGUUUUAUUCACUAGACUGUUUCCCUUCAACUGGACAAUCAGCAGGACGGUUCAAGCUUUCGUUUGGAUCGCUGCUGUGCUCUCCGAGAACAAACUGUCGUCUCAUUCAAACGUCAUCACACGUCCUCAAAGAUGUACUGUAGAUUGAGAAUCGAUUGUCUCUUAGUUUUGCACUCAUCGAACGGGGAGUGGCCUUUGACGGUGCAUGACUUCUCAGCUGUCUUAACUGUGAGAUAGUGCUACCGCCCUCUAGUGUCAUAGGCAUGCAAGGACAUGUCACUGUUCAAUGUGGAUGAGAUUUGAAGGCGCUAAAAAGAGUGUGUUGCUUUUGAAUCAAUUUGGGGUGUGGAAGCAACAGAAGUUUGUCAAGUCAAAGUAGUCUGGAUACAAAUGGCAAAGGAGAAACCUGGAACUGUUGAAACAAAGUAUUUUUGUAAUCAUCUGCACUGUCCACCCUCACAGAAAUGCGUUUGCUCAACUCUGGCCACAAAAGGUUUCCGUUCUUAAUGCUACUUUCAUUGCAGUUAUGUAUUGCUGUCAAUAGUCUCUUUAAUAAUAUAUUUUUUUAAAACCCACCUUUUGCAUUCUGGAUAUUUGCAAGUCUUCAUUAUUCACAUGUGCUACAGUAAGGUCAUUCUGUACUUGUUAUUCUAUCGCAUGCUUCAUAUCCUUAAAGUAUGUCCCAUGUAGCUUCUACAAUAAUGAUGAAGCAGUUUAUCAAACCAGGGUGUCAUUCAGGGUGAAAUAACAAGUAAUACAACUAGAGGACGUUUGUAACCAGGAAGACAGUUUUGGGGAUUGUGUAAAGUUUAAAAGUAAAACAAGUUAACAAUUUGGGGGAAAUUAUUAAAUGCACCAAGAUGCAGUAGUUUACGGCCAACAGAGGCACGAUGACACCUGUUGCAAAAGAUGAAGCGGGACAUUGAAGGGUAUUCAUUUGUUUUGUUUUCCUCACCACAGCACAGUAACGGAUACCCUUAACAUUUCCUUCAGGCAUUUUUCAAGUGACAGCAAAUCAAAGGAAACAAAAAUUAUAAUCUUUGUCAGCCCAAAGACACAGCCUGAUCGACUGGGAAACAUCUGUCCUGGUUGUGGACCCUCUUUUCACCUAGGUGUUACAUGUCCUAGAAAUUGCCUCCUACUUGUAUACCUGUUGGAAGUCAGUGAGAUGCUGUCAGACAUAAAUGUGGCUGGAGCAUGAUUUAGUGUGCUCUGACUCCACACUGACAGUAGACUCUGUGCAUUACAUUCCGCAUAAUGCUGCCUUUUUCUGCCUGGAAGUACUUGUGAACUAACAGUAUCCAAAAUGCGUCUUCUGCCCACUGCACGCCACCUCUUUCUGACUUCAGCCAGACUGUCUACAAAAAAUAGCUGUUACUACAGUGUGGGAAAAAGAAUAUGUAAAUAGAGAAGAGUAUUGAAAUGAUAGCGGCCCGUCCCUCUCUAUUUCUUCAGCCUGCUGUCGGAUAAAGUGAAAAUACACUUGUCAUCAGAGUGGCAGAAAAACAUCUUGACUGCAAAAGUACUAAGUACUGCAAGUGCUACAGGGCCCCCUUUGAAUAUUUUAACCCAUGUCCCUUCAUUUUAAUUUACUGUUGCCUCUAGUACAAGAUUUAUGUUUUUGAUCUACGAAAAUGAGAGCAUAAGACCGAAAAUAGAGGAAGUUAAACUCGUUAGUUUGGGGGCACUGGAUAGACCAGACAGUGCAAAAUCAGUUGUUUUCCUCAUGCCAGCCAAGUUCAGUCAGAACAAAGUGUUUGACUGGAUUACCUUUUGUUUUGGCCAAGUCUAAGCUGGAGCUCCUGUAAUUGACUAUAGUGGAAGGAAGAUUUUAAUCAUGAUUUCUCUGGAUAACUUGGAUUCAAUUUAUUUUUUAAGAGACGGGGAUACUUUUUUAGCACCUGUUGAUCAUGCCUGGCAGAAUGGAGCUCAAUGGAUAACACAUGAAAGGCAAAACCCAGAAAUCUGGGAAGACAUACAGUAGGUGAAUGCCCAAAGUUAUUGGAAGUAUUUCUGGUGAUGUCAUGUGGACCCUCUUUAAAAUGUUGCACCACAAACGGGUGUGUUUUCCUUUUUUUGAUUUGUUAUUUCAAAAUUAUACAUGACAUUUUCUAAAAUGUCAGGCUCACAGAGAUAAUAAAAAAAUGUAUUUUAUUUAGUCCAAGCUUUGUUGGCAGCUCUGGUCAGGUCAGCAGACAACUAAAUAUCUGUACGUCCAUCGACAGCCAUGAUUUCAUGUCCUGCAGGUUAUCUUAACAUAUACUGAACAUAUGAGAAGCAGAGUCAACACAUUGACCCUCUGUGCAUGGUCACCAUUAUUUAUCUAAGAUGCAAUGACUCAAUCAUUCUUUUUUUAAGCAUUGUUGCAGCAAAAUGUAUUUAUUUAUCUGGAUGUGACUGAUUACUUGAACAUUUUAGAUUUAUUUUUCUCAGCGCUGUUCUGUUUUCUAUUGUCAUUACCAUGAAAUAAUUGACCAGUGUGAUUUAUUAUUAUUAUUAUUGUUGUUAUUAUUAUUGUCAUGACAUAGCAUCUAUUGUUUUUUUGUCAUCAUCAAUACUUGUUAUGGAGUAAUGUUUUAAGCACACUGGCAUCCAUAGUUGUACCAUUGUCAUUCCAACUGAUGACAGCUGGAAUGUUUGGAAUUGAAAAGAAAAAAACAAAAAAAAAUUCUCCCCCCCCCCCUUUUUAACUAAUGUUCUCAUUUCUCCCAGAUCUAUACAAAUAUCUGCUGUUAAGAAUUCCCACCCAUUUAUCUUAAAACGCCUCAAGUGUUCUCGUCGUCACUCUUUUGUGGUGACCUAAACUAGGAAAAAUAGAUAUGAAUAAAAGUAAUAAAGCCACAAAAGUGUCUGGAAACCAGGUAAAGUAGGCCUCAACAUUCUCAUAAUUCAUUGUUCAAACAUGUUGCCUUGGAGAAAGAAUUGUAGAAAUGUAGGUUUAGAAAAAAAACCAUUUACGUUCAAGUUCAAUCUUGGAUUAGAUGUUAUUGAAGAAAUGAAUAACCGAAAUCCCCAGCAUCCUCACCCCCCCACACACACACACGCAAUUAUACAUACAGACACAUUAAGGCAUUGUCACAAUUUUUUUAUACCUUUUAAAACUUUAAUGAACAGGGAUGUGGCUUUUCCAUGUCAGUCAAACCAUACCAGAGCAACAGUGCUCGAUUGGCCUCCUUUCAGCAGAAUGGGGAAACUUAACUUAGCAGGUAGGCUUUUGUCAUUUGCAUGAAUGUGGAUUUUGAUUGUAUUGUGUCGGGAUUCUGUCACUGAUAUUCGAUAUGUGGAUAUUUGGAGGAAUCAGGAUUAUGACAAUACAUAAAUAAUUAUGUAGUUGCAGAAAGUAAUCUUAUGCUACUGAGACCUCACUGAAGCUGUUUCUAAAUUCGAAUAUAAGUUCCCUGAGUUUCAGUUCAGUCCUCCCAUUCUGCUCUCAUCCUCAAACUAAGAGUAUUGUCUUUUUCCGACUGACGUAAAUGGUAGCAGAUGUCAACAGGUAGCCUUGAAGGAGGGAUGUGUACUUGCAUAAAAACUGUGAUAUCCACUCACUCUAAAUGCAAAAGGCAGAAAGUAAAUUAAACACGUGAAAAAAAUUAAUAUGGGGAUUUGGAAAUCAACGUUUUUACACUUAACAGAAAUGAAUGUAAAGGGGUUGCUCAGGGGUAACAACCCUUGCAGCAGAAAUGGAGUGAACCCAGUACUGUUUAAAGUGUACAGUUAACAAUCUUGCUUGUUCUUAUUGUUGAAGCUGUUGAUAUAUAUAUCACACACAAACAUGUAGAUAAAAUAAAUGGCAGUGGAGCAGUGUCAGUUUUGGUACCAGGUACUUUGUAACCGCAGAUGGUGCCUCUGAUUACUUCUCUUUCUCUGCACAAAGCAGACCUAACAUGUGGACCAAAUGACAGACAAAGCUACCGUUCUGAGGGGAAUGUUCACACUCAAACACCCUGCAAUUUGUAUUCAGUUCAAAAACAGAAAAUGGUACUCCAAAUGCUUCUGAUGAGAGGUGAUUGAGAAUGAAUGCUUGUGUUUUCCGUCGCACUUUCAGUUUUACUUUUGGAGUUGAAAGUGAAUUGGCCCCAAUCCUGCAAAGAUUGAUUGAAUAGCAUCUCGGCUCAUGUAUUUUCAUAACAACAAUGCAAGAUACCGUGGCUGUACAAAUGAGUAAAGUAAAAAAAUAUAUCUGUGUAUAAAAAAAAUUAAACUAUUAUGUAUUUCAGGGAAUACAAAAGAGAAAACAGUAACAUAUCUCUUUUUCCUUAAGCGAGAGCUCCUGUAUUCAAAAUGUGUUUUGCUUCAAUCUGUAAAUAUUUGAAUGGCUUAUAAAUCUUAAUUGUAACCUUUUCAGGUAUUUUUGUACAAAUAAGGGACUGAUAUAUUCUGUUUAUUGUAAUUAGAAUAAAACAUUAAUACAUUGAUAUGAAAAAAAAAAGUUUUGUCUUUAUUGGGGGAAACCUCCUUUAUAACAUUUGCUAAUUUAAGAAUGAAACACUGCUAUAUAUGUAUAAUAUCGUAUGUAAUAGAUGUAUAUAGAGUGUACAAACCAUACUGCAUGUGCAUUGGUUGUCUUAACCAUAGUUUUGAAGAUUGAGGUGUGUCCAGAAUCUAAAAAACAAUCGGUCCUAUCCACUAUUCCCAUUACAAGUCUUGUCCUCUUAAUUUCUGCUAGAUGGUGCAAUUUCACAACACAUUCAAGGGCUGAUAAAAACUUAUUAUCAUGGAGAACAAUUUAGCAGCAUGUGGAACCAAUGAAUCCUGCAA